AUGUCCGGUCGUAGAGACAUAAUCCAACAAGUUCACGAAUGUGGAAUUGCAAUUGCUAUCCUGGUCGGAAUUGUUAUCGGGUGCGUCUGCACUAUCUUGUUACCAAACGAUUUCUUCAACUCUGGCCCAUCGAAGGUUGGACUGGCUUCAUGUGGAUCAGAAUUUGCAGUUAUCUCUGAAAAGAAUGCCGAGUUAAGGAAGCAGGUCAGAGAGUUAACUGAAAAGGUACGGUUGGCGGAACAAAUAACAGAGAUCAAGGCCGGAUCUUUUGGCACUGUCACGGGUCUGAGAACUAAUCCGACUGUGGUUCCGGACAAGUCUGUUAACCCCAGGUUAGCUAAGCUUUUAGAGAAGGUAGCUGUUAAUAAAGAGAUCAUUGUGGUUCUUGCAAAUUCAAAUGUGAAACCAAUGUUGGAGGUGCAGAUUACUAGCGUCAAGAGAGUUGGUAUCCAGAACUACCUCAUUGUCGCGUUGGAUGAUUCCAUAGAAGGCGUCUGCAAAUCGAAUGAAGUUGCAUAUUACAAGAGAGAUCCAGAUGAAGCUGUGGAUGAGGCUGGGAAAAGUGAAAAUGGUGCAAUCGUGUCUGGACUAAAAUUCCUCGUCUUACGGGAUUUUUUGCAGCUUGGUUAUGGUGUUAUUCUAUCUGAUGUCGACGUUGUAUUCUUGCAAAACCCUUUUAAUCAUCUGUACAGAGACUCAGAUGUGGAGUGUAUGAGCGAUGGCCAUGACAAUGACACGGCUUAUGGCUUCAACGAGUUGUUUGAUGACCCAUCCAUGACCCGGUCUCGAAUUGUCUACACAAAUAGGAUAUGGGUUUUUAAUUCCGGGUUUUUCUAUCUAAGACCAACGCUUCCUUCAAUCGAGCUACUAGAUCGCGUGAGAGAUACACUCUACAAGUCAGGGGGAUGGGACCAAGCAAUUUUCAAUGAGCAUCUCUUUUACCCUUCGCAUCCCGGAUACAUUGGCUUAGACGCUUCCAAGAGAGUCAUGGACAUAUACGAAUUCAUGAACAGUAGGGUCCUCUUCAAAACGGUGAGAAAGAAUGAGGAACUGAAGAAGUUGAAGCCGGUGAUUAUUCAUAUGAAUUACCAUGGAGAUAAACUCGAACGAAUGCAAGCUGUAAUGGACUUUUACGUUAAUGGCAAGGAAGAUGCGCUUGAUAGCUUCCCAGAUGGUACUGCUAGAUAA